AUGCAACUGGACACAAGCGUGUGCCGUGGGCAGCUGGGUGUGCAGGCGCCAGUGCUGGUUCAGGAGCCGCCUGCUCAGCUGCGCUUCUCCAACUCCACAGGAGCACAGCUCAGUUGUGCAGCAAGAGGCAGCCCAGUACCAGAUGUCAUCUGGUUGCAUUCAGAUGGCUCACCAGUGACUGCAGUACAUGGACUCAGGCAACCGCUGGCGAACGGCACGCUGCACUUCCCCCCUUUCCGUGCAGAGGACUACCGGGAGGAAGUACACUCCACCACGUACCGCUGCCGCGCGUCCAACCUGGCUGGUGCUGUCCGCAGCAGAGACGUCGCCUUACGCGCCGUGGUGCGGCAGGACUACGAGGUGCAGGUGUACCGAGCGCAUGCGCUGCUGGGCAACACGGCGGUGCUGCGCUGCGUCAUCCCGCCCUUCGUCCGGGACGACGUCUCCGUCUCCUCCUGGUUCCGGGACGACACCAUCAUCCUGCCGGGCACCCACGAUGCAGGUGGCGGCCGCUUCGUGGUGACGAGCACCGGGGACCUGCUGGUGAGGCGGGCGACGGCGGCGGACGCCUCCUCCCGCUACAGCUGCCUCACGCUGCACGCACUCACCGGGGAGCGGCGCAGGAGCAGCCCGGCGCAGCUGCUCACAGUCACAGAAGCCACGGGAGGCAUGCCGCCCCGGCUGACGCAGCGGUCAUCCACGUCGCUGGCGGUGGCGGAGGGCCGUGACGUCACACUCAGCUGUGCAGCGCAGGCCAACCCGGCCCCGACAUUCACGUGGUGGCACGAGUCCGGAACACCUGUGGGGUCCUCAGGCCGCGUGUGGGCGUCUCAGGAGGCGCUGCACAUCCUGGGGGCGCGCCCGGAGGACGCCGGCAGGUGGGAGUGUCGAGUAAACAACGCCUUCGGCGAGCAGCGGGUGCACGCCUCGCUGCAAGUCACAGCGCCGCUGCAAGUACACGUCACGCCACACCUGCUGGUGGUGAACUCCGGCGAGCCGGCGACGUUCAACUGCUCGGUGUCGGGCUCCCCCGUGGCCGGCGUGGAGUGGCUGCACAACGCGGAGCCGCUGGCCGCCGGCCGCGCGCGCCUUUUGUCGCCGCUAGUUCUGCACGUCGCCGCUGCGACGCGCGCGCAUCGCGGCGUCUACCAGUGCGUCGCCAGGGGAGACGAGGACAGCGCGCAGUCCGGCGCCGAGCUGCGGCUCGGAGACACGGUGCCGGAGCUGCAGUGGACGUUCAUGGAGCAGGCCCUCAGUCCAGGGCCGCCGGUUUCUCUGCGCUGCUCCGCCGCCGGAAGUCCGCCCCCGCAGUUCACCUGGUACCUCGACGGCCAGUCGCUGACUGCUGCACAAGUGGGACACAGAUACACAAUCGGGCAGUAUGUGGAUCAGCGAGGCGACGUCGUAAGCCACGUCAACAUAUCCUCCGUGCGGGUCCAAGAUGGCGGCCUCUACACGUGCAGUGCUACCAACUCCAUGGGCACCGUCUCCCACGAGGCCAGGCUCAAUGUUUACGGCCCGCCGUACGUGCGCCAGCUGCCGCAGGCGGUGCGCGCCGUGGCCGGCGGGCCGGCGCUGCUGCGCUGCCCGUACGCCGGCUACCCCGUGGCGGACGUCUCGUGGGAGCGCCGGGGAACCUCCGUGUCGGCCGGCCUGCGCCACGAGCUGCGCGACGGUGGCGCCGCGCUGCGCAUCCUGCGCGUCGACCCGGCGGCCGACGCGGGCGCCUACGUCUGCAAGGUGCGCGGCGCCGCGGGCAAGCUCGUCCGCGGGGAGCUGCUGCUGGCCGUCACGCGUCCGCCUGUGGUUGCGCCAUUUAUCUUCCCAACCGAUCUCCAGGAAGGGGCAAGAGCCCAGGUCAGCUGUGCCGUGUCUUCAGGUGAUCUGCCCAUAAGGUUCUCCUGGCUCAAGGACAAUGCACCAAUUCCAAAAUCUCUGCAGGUUAUUGAAAAAGAAGGAGGUGACUUCUUCAGCCUUCUAGUGUUUAACAAGGUCACUUCACAACACAGCGGUGUGUACACCUGUCUAGCUUCCAACACGGCUGCUACAGUCAACCAGUCAGCACAGCUCCAGGUUAACGUUGCACCACAGUGGUUAAAAGAACCUCAGGAUACAUCUACGCUGGAGGGCAAUUCCCUGUCCGUUCACUGCCAGGCACACGGAUUUCCUCAGCCAACUAUCUCCUGGUUCCGUGGCAUAGGUGGAAAAGCGACCGAUUUCCAACCACUGGUCCAUACUCCACCACACGUUAAACUGUGGGAAAAUGGAACGUUGUCAAUACAAGCGGCAUCCUCGGACGAUGAGGGAUUCUACCUAUGUCGUGCUGACAACGGGAUUGGUGACGGCAUCAGCAAGAAUGUACAGGUUUCAAUCAAUGAACCAGUUAGUUUUGAUGUGGUGGAGAAGACUGCCACUGCUCGACGUGGUGAUCAGGUAAUGUUACAGUGUGAUGUCAGAGGAGACCAUCCUAUUCAGGUUGACUGGCUCUUCAAUGGACAACGGUUGCAUCACAGUUACAGGUUAAGUGUGUCAGAAAUCAAGACAGACAGAGGUAUUUCAUCAAAACUGAUCAUAAGUAAAUCUAACAGAGAGGACUCUGGUCUUUACAUCUGUCAGGCAGGCAAUGUCUUCGGUCACAGUGAGCUGUUAAUUCAUUUGGCUGUACAAGAACCACCUGAUCCUCCACUUGAUAUUGAAGUGACUGAAAUUAACAGUAGGUCAGCUCAUUUGUCAUGGCACAAACCAUUUGAUGGCCAUAGUCCACUGACAGGAUAUCUAAUACAGUACAAACGAGGAAUCAGCCUUGCUAAUGAUUGGCAGCAUGCAGAUGUUGUCAACAUCUCUAUUCCCACAGGUCUGGGUAACUUAAGAACAAAAAAUGUUGAUUCUAAAAGAAUGGCAGUUAUAAGGAACUUACAUCCAGCAACUACCUACCAGUUCAGAAUGCUUGCCAUGAAUGCUAUUGAAUCCAGUGCCUUCACAGACCCACUUACUGUAAAAACCCAAGAAGAAGCUCCAGUUGGACCACCUCAGGAUGUACAUGCUGAAAUUAUUAAACCUGAUGAACUGCUCAUUACCUGGAAGCCACCACUCCGUGACACUUGGAAUGGAGAUAUAUUAGGAUAUAUUGUUCACUGGGGCCUUCAUGGAACUGUGAACCCUGAGUCAAACAAUACAGAUUCACGCACGGUUCGAGGCCUUACAAAUACGGAGAUACUACUGAAACAGCUGAAGAAAUUCACAAAAUACGAUAUAUAUGUCCAGGCAUUCAAUAGCAUUGGGCCUGGUCCAAAAUCACAUCCUGUCCCCGUGACUACUCAAGAAGGAGUUCCAGAGGCAGCACCACAGGAAAUGGCAUGUUAUCCUUUGUCAUCACAAAGUAUGAAAAUCAGUUGGUCUCCCCCUCCUGCACAACAGCAUGGAGGCAUUAUCCGAGGCUACAAACUCAUCUACAGACCAGUUAUUUCUGACUCAAGACCUCGAACUACUGGAAAUGAAGUAAAGAGAACAACUGGAUUUGAAACAUAUUUACAUGGACUUCAAAAAUUCACAAAUUACUCAGUGCGAUUACUGGCUUACACAAAUGCAGGAGAUGGGGUACUGAGCAGCCCAAUCUUUUGUACAACUGAACAAGAUGUUCCUGGCCCACCAGCUGCCAUGAAGGCCUUCUCAUUAACAUCUGAUUCAAUUCUGGUUUCUUGGCUGCCUCCAGAGAAUCCUAAUGGCAUAAUUACACAGUAUACCAUUUACUGCAAUGGUAAACACCAUCUUUCUAAGCCUAUGAAAUUUCAAGUGGGAGCUACUACAUUUGUCCAUGAAGUUCGGGGGCUGAGGGAGCUGGAGCAGUUUGAAUUCUGGGUGACUGCCUCUACUUCUGUAGGAGAGGGAGAAAGUCCAAAGCCAGUUACUCAGGCUCCAAAUUCUAGAGCUCCAGCCCGUAUUGCGUCCUUUUCCCAGGUGUUAUAUAUUCCACUGAAGAUGAAUGCUGUUCUAAACUGCAUUGCUGUUGGAAAUCCUACUCCAAGCAUCCGUUGGCUUUAUAAGAAGAAAACCAUGAAAUCUAGUCCAGGAUUUACUAUAUUACAGGACUCACUCAAAAUUGCAAAGCUGGAAAAGAGAAAUGAAGGAAACUACUCAUGUGUAGCAAAGAACUUGUUUGGUGAGGAUCAAAUUAUGUAUCAGAUUAUUGUGCUGCUACCUCCUGAAUCUCCAAUACUUGAAGUUGUUGACUCAGAUCAUAAUAGUUUUGAAAUGAAGUGGAUGAUACCAAAAGAUGGAGGCACUACUCUUCAAGGCUAUGUGCUGAACUACAAACAUGAGCAUGGAAGUUGGGAAGAAGUACUCUUGGAAGCUGAAAGAACCUCUCACAUUCUGAAAAAUUUGCGUUGUGGUGGCACAUACCAGGUUUACAUCACAGCACAUAAUAAUGUGGGAAGUAGUCAUCCAAGUCCUACAGUUACUGUUAUAACCAAAGGCACCAGACCAAAGAUCCCAAACUACAAAAGCAUGGUCACAUCAAAUGCUACUUCUCUUUCCUUACAUCUGCAAACUUGGCCAGAUGGUGGAUGCCCAAUUUUGUACUUCGUUGUUGAAUAUCGAAUUUUGAAAAGCAAUGCCAAAUGGAUUUUGAUCAACAAUAGUGCACCUUCAAGAAACUUCUUAAUAAGAGACCUUCAGCCAGCCACUUGGUAUGAGCUCCGAAUUACGGCUCACAAUAGUGCUGGGUCAACAACAGCGCAUUUCACAAGUGCCACAACAACAGUUUUGGGAGCAACAGUUGCUCCAGUGAGUGAGAGACAAAACCUGAAAAGUAUCUUACACUUCUAUGAGGAUGUUUAUUUAAUGGUACCUAUUGUCUGCUCAAGUAUCCUCAUGCUGUCUGCAGGGAUAUUUUUCUAUGUGGCCAUACACAGAAAACACUGUCUGCAAAGUGCAGAACGGAAAAAUAGCCUAGGUGUACCUGAGAGCUUAAGCAUUAGCAAGGAAGCUGCUGAAAUGGACAAUAAGAAGAAUUUUCAACAAAUAUAUUCAUCAUCACCAACCAAAUCCGAUGGGCACCAUAAAGCCACAGAAAAAUCUUCUGAAAUAUAUGAGAUGAGCCCAUACGCAACAUUUGCUGUUUCACCAGAUCCUCCAAGGCUGAUGAGUGCUCCAACUCUGGACUACACAUUGCAAUUCAAAACCUUUGGACACUCAGAGAAUUACAGUGGUGUCCAACAUGAAUGCUCACACACAGUUAACAAGAAACACAAAUGUGCACCCACUCAUGUAGACAGUGAGAGGCAGUCAGCUCUCCACAGACAUGGCAGUAUUAAGCAACAGCACACCAAAGGUGAAAUAAGACAGAAUUCUGAAUCUGACUCCAGUGGAAGUCCAUCUGUAGUAAGCAGCUACAGAGUGCCGAUCAAACAGCCUGUUGGAAGAAGUCUAGAGAUAUACAGGGUUGACUCCAGCACUGAAUCAAAUGAAACAUCACCCCAUUUUCAAAGAAGACCAAUGCCCCAUCAGUUUACUGCAGAACACAGUGACAGACAAAUAUCAUCUCACAGCAGGUAGUCAAGGUGCCAGCGACAAGAGAACCAUGAUAAAUCAUGGUACAUGAUUCAUGUUUGAGAAGUUAAGACUAAUCACGUAUCUACCCCUGACAUAAAUAAGGACUUAAAGGUAAAUGCUACAUACUAUGAAGACAAGUAUUUCAACCAACAGAGAAAGUGCAGGCUAGCAUAAGGGACAUGAUUUCAUAAUAUCACAAGUUUCUUCUUUGACUCUAAUGAAAUAAAUUAGGAGUUGUGAAGACAGCAUGGAGUAUGAAUGUAAUGAUAAGCUGUUCAUAAAUGGUGGUAAGAUAUUACAGAUGCGAAGAUAUAUGGACAAAAAAGUGACAAAAAAUAUUCAGCAAAGUGAAAUACUUAUUCUUACAAAAAAAUUAGUGAUGAACGGUAUGAAGUAAAUAAACUAUAUAUGAACAAUACUUCUUGCUGCAGAGACUCAAGAGGAAAUGGAAAGAAUAACUUGUGGAGAAAAAUGGGGAGGGGGGGGUUUACAGUGGAAGGAGUAAACAUCAGUGAUACAAAUGAAAGCAGAAAGGAGGACAAAGCAAUAAGGCAAGAGGAAAAUAAUUUCUAGAAACAAGUAAUAGAUGAAAUGCCAGAAGAGAAAAGUGAGGCUUGAUACUUCAGAAAGUGAAGGGAGAGGAGAUACUGUGGAACGUGGGUCAGUAUGACUGGAAGACAGUCAAGCAGCUGUCCAUGUUUGUGUAUGUUUUAUGACAGUACAAGGUCUUUCAAGUACAGACAAUUUUUACUGAGAUUUUUGUAAUGUGUCCUCACGUGAUCAUUAUUUUAAAUAUCACUUCAACUUUGGCUGAUGAGACAAACGUGUGGCAGGUUCCUGCCUCUGGUGGGGUUAACUAAAUUUUUCAAGGCAAACACAUGCUACUCAACAAUCAGUUGGACAAUCUUUGCAUGCCACAUUAGUUAACAGUAACAUGUUAAAACUGAAUUCUGAAGCAGAGAUAUGUAUAUGGGAUAAUUUUAAGACUUGUUCUGGGUGUACUGUUGAUGAAUUCAAGUGAAGUCAAUACUUUUUAAUACCAGUAAGCAACUAAAAAGAGAAAGGACGUCUCACAUGCUUACAGACAUUGAAUGUUCAUGGGAGGGGGCGAAUAGUGUGACAAAUCAUUACCGUAACAGUGAUGGGUAGUAAAGUGUGAGCUUUGAAAGCAUGUAAAGACAGGCAAGGGCCGGGGGGAUAUGGUUGGUGUUGAUAAAAAUGGCUAUAGUUUGUAUGUAGUACAAGGUUCAGUACAUCACACCAGAAUUACUGUUUAAUGUAGAUUUCAAGAUUGUGUAUGGUGUUCAAGUAGGAAGUUGAUAGAUGUUACCAACUUAAAAGCUGAAUGCCUAUACACUGACAUUUCAGCCUGCAUCAACAGUGUCUUACAUCAAAGUUCAUCUGUCCACCUUUCAUACUGACACACAAUUAACAAAGAUGUCAAUAAAUACCAGUGAAGACUGUUACAUGCAUUUAUUACAUGCAUGCAUUAACAAUUUUGUAUGUGAUUAAAAAAAUGAGACCCUAUUUUGCAACAUUUCUCAGGUCAUCAG